GUGGAACUGGAACAACAAAACAAGAGUCUUCCACCCAUUUAGGUUAUGUUUUUCUUCAUACUGUAAUUAUUAUAUUAUCACAUCAUCAGAAUCUGUCCUGUAGCUGUAUUUUGUUUUCUUUGAUGAACAACUUCAAAAUCAAAGUAUACUUUAGGUUAUAGUAUUAUCACAAAGCAAAGGUCAAUUCUUGCAUAUUAAGUAAUCAAGUCUCAUUACUACUAUGAGAAUUUUCAAGGUGAACAACUAACAAGUGCAUCCAUUUUAAUUAGGCCACACAAAAAAGUGUAAUGUUCAAGUCAUUGGUUAGGUUUUCGUUGUCAAAUGGUGUUGCGGGUAAUCUGACAGUUCAAACUACUUUACGAGCUAUGAUGAGUAGUUCCAAUUCUGGAAAAUUAAAUGGAAAAGUAGCUGUAGUCACUGCUUCUACAGAUGGAAUCGGAUUUGCUAUAGCUGAAAGACUUGGCAAGGAGGGAGCCAGUGUUAUGAUAAGCAGUAGAAAGCAAGCAAAUGUUGAAUCUGCUGUUGGAAAACUAAAAAAUCAAGGGUACAAAGUAUCUGGAUUAGUUUGUCAUGUUGGAAAGAAAGAGGACCGUGAAAAACUGUUGGCUGAGACUGAAUGUAAAUUUGGUGGAAUUGAUAUUCUUGUAUCCAAUGCUGCAGUAAAUCCAACCGUAGGAUCAGUCUUAGAUUGUCCAGAGUCGGCAUGGGACAAAAUUUUCGAAAUAAACGUGAAAGCGGCCUUCAUGUUGUCCAAGGAGACUCUGCCGUACCUCAGGAAAAGAGGUGGUGGAUCAAUCAUCUAUAUAUCGUCAAUAGCUGGAUACCAACCGUUAGGAGUAAGUAUGCCACCUAAUUCAAUGUUCAAUUCUAUGUUAAGGAAAGAAAGCGUCCUAUAUGAACAGUUGAAUCAGAUUAUCUUUUCAAUUGAAUUUAUUUAUUCGUUGCAGCUUCACGAAUCAGAGACAGCUAGGGAAGCGGCACUCACUCAAAUUCCUAUGAGGAGAUUGGGAGAACCGAAAGAAAUAGCAGGAGUGGUUGCAUUCCUGGCCUCCGAGGAUGCGUCUUACAUUACAGGGGAAUCGAUCAUAGCCUCUGGCUGUAUGGCAUCAAGACUGUAAACAAUCUACUUUUAGGUCGAAAAAUGUGAUGGAUUAAUGUUUUAUAUAUAUUUUAUACAUUUGUUAUUAGGUGGCAUGAAGAAGUUGAAUAAUAAAAAUGAAGUUGAGGUGACGAGAA